AUGUGGAAUGCCUGCCUCGGAGGCAGUGGUGACAGCAGCAGCAACGGUGGUGGCAGUGGCGGCUGGGCCGCUGGCCCAGGUGGUGCGAUAUGUAAUGGCCGCCUCUGUGUGGUGGCUGCCUCAGAAGAGGCUGCUGCUCGGCUGCCUUGGAGGAGGUGGAGAAGCUGGUGGCUUGGCUGCCUUGGAGGGGAGGGCAGCGGCAACUCAGCAGCCUCAGAGGAGGGGGCGGCAGCUGCUUGGCUGCCUCGGAGGAGGUGGAGAAGGUGGUGGCUUGGCUGCUUCAGAGGAGGGGGUGGCGACUGCUUGGCUGCCUUGGAGGAGGCAGAGAAGGUGGUGGCUCAGCUGCCUCGGAGGAGGGGAUGGCGGUGGUUCGGCAGCCUCGGGGAGGGGGCGGCGGCACCUCCGCCGCCUUGGAAGGGGGCUGGUGGCACCUCCACCGCCUCGGAUGGGGGGGCGGUGGCGCCUACGCUGCCUCGGGGGGGCAGCAGUGCCUUCGCCGCCUUCGAGGAGGCUGCGCCGGUGGCUCUGGCGCCUUGGGCCCAGGAGGCCGCGGCUUGCUCCAGGUUUGAGGAAGCUAAGAAGGAGGCUUAUGCAAUAGAUCAAAAGCUUGCAGAAAAAAAGGAAGAUGAAGCUACCCUGGAAAAGAAAUGGCCCUUCCUUGGUGUUCCUUUGACAGUCAAGGAAGCUUUCCAGCUACAAGGAAUGCCAAAUUCUUCUGGACUCAUGAACCGUCGUUAUGCCAUUUCCAAAACAGAUGCCACCGUGGUAGCAUUUCUGAAGGAAGCUGGUGCCAUUCCCCUUGGCAUAACCAACUGUAGUGAAUUGUGCAUGUGGUAUGAAUCCAGUAACAAGAUUUAUGGACGAUCCAACAACCCAUAUGAUUUACGUCAUAUUGUAGGUGGAAGUUCUGGUGGUGAGGGCUGCACACUGGCAGCUGCCUGCUCAGUAAUUGGUGUGGGCUCUGAUAUUGGUGGCAGCAUUCGAAUGCCUGCUUUCUUCAAUGGCAUAUUUGGACACAAACCUACUCCAGGUGUAGUUCCCAACAAGGGUCAGUUUCCCAUGGCUGGGGGAGCCCAGGAACUGUUUCAAUGCACUGGUCCAAUGUGCCGCUAUGCUGAAGAUCUGACCCCUAUGCUGAAGGUCAUGGCAGGAUCGGGGAUCAAAAAAUUAAAACUGGAUGCAAAGGUAAAUUUAAAGGACUUAAAAUUUUACUGGAUGGAACAUGAUGGAGGCUCAAUUUUAAUGUCAAAGGUGGACCAAGAUCUCAUUCUGACUCAGAAAAAGGUUGUGGCUCACCUCAAAACUAUGCUAGGAGCCUCGGUUCAGCAUGUUAAACUGAAGAAAAUGAAGUAUUCUUUUCAGUUGUGGAUCACAAUGAUGUCAGCAAAGGGACAUGAUGGGGAGGAACCUGUAAAAUUUGUGGAUCUGCUUGGUGACCACGGGAAGCCUAUCAGUCCUCUGUGGGAAUUGGUUAAAUGGUGUCUGGGUCUGUCAGUAUACACCAUCCCCUCCAUUGGGCUGGCUUUGUUGGAAGAAAAGCUCAAAUAUAACAAUGAAAAAUACAAAAAGUUUAAAGCAGUGGAAGAAUGCCUGCAUAAAGAGCUGGUGGAAAUGCUAGGCAAUGAUGGUGUGUUUUUAUAUCCCUCGCAUCCCACAGUGGCGCCCAAGCAUCAUGUUCCUCUAACAAGGCCUUUCAACUUCGCUUACACAGCUGUCUUCAAUGCCCUGGGCUUGCCUGUGACCCAGUGCCCACUGGGUCUGAAUGCCAACGGACUUCCUCUAGGCAUCCAGGUUGUGGCAGCACCCUAUAAUGAUCACCUGACCCUGGCUGUGGCCCAGUACUUGGAGAAAACUUUUGGAGGCUGGGUUUGUCCUGGAAAGUUUUAGUAGAAUCUUCUCCAGUGUCAGUGUGUGUGUUUGUGUGUAUAUGUUUGUGUGUUUCUAUUAAUUGGGUGAGAUCUACCUGGUAUGUAGAAGAAACAGUAAUUGAAGAAUUUAUUUACUCAUUUAGUUAUAAUGUUUACUUUUAUUUUCUGCACUAAUUGUUGGCCUUACUAAAAUAGCAAUAAAUUGAUCCCUGCCUUCAUUUUACUGGAGAAUUGGUCAUGUAAAUGAAUAAAGUACAAUAAAGUUUUCUAGAUGCUG